AUGGGAAAUGUGAAGAACAUGCGUCCUCAAAAUGUUCCCUUAGGAAUCCCAUAUGAAUCUAUCCAAUCCCAAUUGGCACAAUUUUUUGAUGGAUUAUUGCGCCAUGUUUUCGCUACUACUAUCACCGCUUCCACCACUCACUUCAAUCACGGCAAUAACAAAGAAAGAAGGGAAGCCCUUUGA